AUGUUUUCAGAAUAUGCGUCGCGUUUCCUUUCACAGUCACAGUCCCGAAUAGCACCAGGAGACGGCUCACCUCCAAGAGAUGGCCGGGAUCGAAGUCGGAGACCUGAUCGACCGACCUCUUCCCGUCCACCUCCGUCACGGCCCUACCUUCAACGGGCACUAGGGAACCCAUAUUCUUCCACAACCUCUCAGACAUUUGCAUUCUCUCCUCGGUCAUCAGUACACCAUGCACCGUUGUUCCACAGCACUACCGAACAGCUCCAGGAGGAAGAUGAUGAGCGAGAAGCGGCCGAUCUUUACGCUUUGCAGAGAUCGAGACGACAUUUUGGCGCAAGCCGGUUGGCAGAGUCUUCUGAAGGGGACGAAGGAGAGGAUAGCAAACACUCAGAACGAAGCACAGGCCAAGCAGAUGAGUUUGGCAGAGGGACGGGGAUAAGGAGUUCAUGGCGUGGGAAAGCUUCUGUUAGUGAUUCGGCAGGGAAAACAGGCACUGGGGCUUUAACAGAACAGCCCGAAGGAGAUGAAGAUCAUGACGGAUCGAUGUCACAGGGCACGUCUAGUCCGGGGAAAGGCAGGAUGGUUGAUAUCCGACUGGAAGACUCGAUAAAGACAGAUGCGGUGACGGUAGAUUAUGACGAUGACCCGCCACCUGAAUUCGCCUCGGCUGAGCCGCCAAUACGCCAUUUUCGCAAACUGCCAGGUCAUCCAGGCGAUGAUGAGUUCCAGACCAGUGCCGGAUUCAUGCCCCAAGAGACGGACAAACAGGCAUUGUUGAACAAUCCUAGGCCGCCGAGCUCGAUAGCUUCUGAGAUGCCUCAAUCGGUGGCAUACGGGGAACCUGAACCUCCAAUGCAUGACAUGUUCUGGGGUCAUAUGUUCUUGCUCUGUUUGGGCGGCUUAUUCGCUACCUCAUUCAUCGUAUACCUUCAUACUACUCCACCAUCCAAGAUCCCCCUCCUUGGAGAUACUAUUUACGCUACUUUACACUCCUCUUUUGGCCUGCUGGGAACAUAUACCUUAGUUUCAAUAUUUGUGGCGUUGCUCUGGCUGGCAUUGUUACGCUCUUACAUUCGGCCUCUGGUCUAUACCAUGCUAAUCGCCGUUCCUGUUAUUCUUAUAUCUUUUUCUUUAUAUCCGUUCAUCUCUAGCUUCAAAGGUACCUGGCAUGGAACCAGUAUCCAGGACAAGGUCAUGCGAUGGGGCUCGAUAGUCCCUGCAAUCAUGGCCGCAGCCUGGAUCUACUCUGUCGUGAAGGGCCGACAUUCAACGGGCAAGGCAAUCGGUAUCUUGGAGUUUUCAUGUCGAAUUCUAGCUGCGAAUCCAGCGCUUCUUAUCCUAGGAUUUGCAACAAUAGCUGUCAUUGCUCUUUGGAGUUGGCUAUGGAUCCUCAUGUUUACCCGUGUCUUCCUCGGCGGCCAUCUCGCAUCCGGAGCCAAAAAAUUAUUUAUCAUUGAUAUUGGUACCUGGUGGCUAGGCAUAUACUUUAUUCUGGUCUAUCUCUGGUCCCUCGGCGUCAUUGCAGGUAUCCAACGGACUACCACCGCCGCGGUUGUUAGCCAGUGGUAUUUCCAUCGCAAUGCUGUGCCCUCGCCCACUUCUCGGGACAUUGUUCAGGCUGCCUUUACCCAUGCCCUGACCACUUUGUUUGGAACAAUAUGCCUUUCUACCCUGCUAUCCCUUGUCGUUCGUAUUCCUCUUAUUGUCCUUCCUCGUCGUCUAUCUUCCUUGUUAUCAUUAGCUGCCUACUCCCUUGUCCCCACACCCAUUGCUGCUCUCACCAACCCUCUCACCCUAACAUAUGCUGCCAUCCACUCGCAGCCUCUAGUCUCUUCAGCUCGAAGCCUCAAUCAAAUGGUCUUCCUCGCCCCCUCCGCUGCAACAGCCACAACGUUCCAUCCACGCACCUUCUCUGACUCUAAUCGUUCGGAUUACUACUCUUCCACUUUAAUGCCGUACCGUCUAGCCAAGAUGCUUCUACACGCCACUCGGUUCAUGAUGUCUCUUGCCCUUGGCUUUGGCGGCUGGGUAUCUACCGCCCGCAGCCUACAGGUCCCCGGCGCAGACGGUAGCAAAGGCCCAGGCGUCCGUGGCAGUCUGUACGCCUACAUUGUCGGCUUGAUCGCAGGAACGAUCGGAUGGGGUGUUUUGUCUGCUAUGGAGGGAGUACUAGCUGGUGUCGUUGAUGCGGCGGUUGUUUGCUGGGCGAGUGAAGUCGGCAGUGUACGACGAGAGGCACGCUAUUGUCGUGAGGCAGGGUACUUAUUUGGCGGCGGCAGUGCGGACCGUAUGGAUGUAGAAGAUAGAGCACCACGACUUGAUUGA